AAAAAACUUCACGUUUUCUUCUAUUUUCAUACACAUUUCCUUCCUUUUGUUUUAUUUUUAUUUAGCAUAGGUCAUAAUUCGAGAGGAAUCCAGCAGAAAUAUUUGUCUGUCGAGUUCUCGAUCAAACGUUCCCAUAGUUGACAUUAGCUUUCGUAUCUCAGCACGUGUGUCGUCUUACUGUUCUCAUGAAGUUAUUUUAUUUUUUUUUCCCUUUUUUGGUCUUUAAUUAUUCUUAUUACAGUGUAGCAACUUUUUCUGCUUCAUCGGUCACAGUGGCACGCACCGGAGGAGGCAAAAUGAAUGUUGACUUGGCUAAUGGCCAUUUGAGCACUUCAACCUCUGAAAAUGUCGGAAUGAUCGCCUUAAUACUGCUGACGAAAAUUGUAAUCGAUUUCUUGAUAGUUGGGGUCUAUGGCGAAGAAAAGAAACACUUGCUAAAGUACAGAUUGUGUUCAGUUCAUGAAAUGGACAUCACACAACCAAGUAAACGUAGUAUUUCUUCCCCCCAAGUGUUAGCUUGUAUUAACUUCCACGGGAAUGAUUCCGACGAUGUGCACUUUUUCGAGUUCUUCGUCAAUGGCAAACCGCUGCUGUGUUUUGCAGCCCGCAGGAAGCAAAAGUGGUCGACGGACCCGCGGAACAGCGCGUGGAGCAAUGACGACUCCAAGUUCGGCCAGAAGAUGCUGGAGCGCAUGGGCUGGUCCAAGGGCAAGGGCCUGGGCCGAAGCGAGCAAGGAGCCACCGAGCACGUCAAAGUCAAAGUGAAGAACAACUGCCACGGUCUGGGAGCCCUCGGCAGCCAGGAGGACAACUGGAUCGCCCACCAGGACGAUUUCAACGACCUCCUCGCUCAGCUCAACAACUGCCACGGCCAAAACAGCAGCAGCAGCAACGCUGAGGAGCGGAAAGGCUUCAGCCUGGAGGAGAAAUCCAAGGGGUCCAAAAAGCGAGUCCAUUACAUGAAAUUCGCUCGAGGGAAGGACCUGUCUUGCCGAAGCGCGACGGACCUGGAUUGUAUCUUUGGGAAGAGGCCAAAGUCUGGCGCGGAUCCGCAGCAGGAGGGCAGCAGCAGUGGAGAUUCUCCGCAACUGGACUCGGACUCCGGCGCCAAGACUGUGACCAGCACGCUCACCACCCAGGAGUACUUUGCGCAGAGGAUGGCCCGGCUGAAGAUGGCGCGCAGUCAGGUCGCCGCCGACGUCCACGAGUCAGAAGAGCCCAAGAAGAAGAAGAAGAAGAAGGAGGAAGAGGAGGACGCCGCAAAGGAAAACCUGACUGAGGGGCAGGACUCUGAGGACCAGAAGAAGAAGAAGAAGAAGAAGAAGACAAAACACACGGUGGAGAUGCCGACCGCGGAGACGGCGCUCGAACCUGGAGAGAAGUCGAGCGAGGAUCGAGAGCUUGUCGUGCGCAACAAAUCCAAAAAGCUCAAGAAAAACAAGUCACAUUUACCACAAUAUUGGGGGAAAGUCGGGGGCGUGGCCUCAACCGGUCAAUCCAAAUGAGGAGCUGCUGGGCUGGAAAUCGUUUUCUUCACGUCACGUGCGGAAAGCCAUUUGUGUCUGCUGUGGUUUCGAGCGGUCGCCGUCGGCCGUUCGCUGGGCGGGAUUGACCAGUUUGCGCUAACCAGGAAAUCCUCGGCUGGCUCGCCAAACGGGUCGGGAGGAGUCCGAGUCCGGGAAAGAGGAAAGAAAGGUUCCUUCCAAAAAAGCUUCGAGGAAACGCCUCAGCCCGUUUUUUGAGACGUGACCCCCCCCCCCCCCCAACAGGUGCCACCCAUUUGUGUGGGGCGGACAUUUUGGGACACAAACAAACAACGAGCGCGGGUCCAAUGACAAAAUGCGACGAUCUCUCUUCCUUUACUGUAGCUUGUAAAAAUGUCGUGGUCAGCAAAAGCUGAAUUCAACUUGACUUUUGAUUUGUGUCCGCGAAAGUCCUCGGACGGACGGAACCGCUUUGAUCUGAGCUUUUUGUGGGACGUUCUGCUCGUUUGUCACGAGGCGACGGCGUCGUUUGCUCAAGUCUUGUUUUGUUUUUUUUUUUGCAUGAAACGUCAGGCGGAAUUUGACUGACUCACUUUGGCAUUGUUUGCGUUUGCGCCGGCCUUCGCUUUGAUGAGGCGGCGACAUUCUUUUAUCCGGAUUUUACCUCCGCCAAAUCACUUUGUUGAGAUGAAAUGCGGCCGGCGUGCCCGCAGGAGGUCCGAUCGGGGGCGUCGUGGGGCCUUCCGUUGGGCGAGCUUCCGCUCUUCUCGGAAAGACGAUGAGAUUUUCGGGGAACGCGGCCCACCGCGUGCGUCCGACCUGCGAGCGCUUUGCGAUGUCCGUGACCUCGACGAGUUCGACAGCAAAAUGCCCAAAUAGAUUCAGCGUUUGGUUUGUUGCCCGCGUGCGUCCUCAAGAUGGAUGCGAAGAGUUAACGGGACGGGCGUCGUAACGUCUUCGGGAAAGGGUCCAAAGAAACAUCGGAACACAAGCGGUGCAGCAACACAAGAAGAUGUUCACAGGCCUCCUUCGCUGAAAUUCUUCUUGGUUUGUCUUGAAAGGCUUCCGAGAGUUUUUUGGGGGUGGCAGGAUUUUCCAAGCCUUCCCUGACACCAUCAUUUGCUGGCCUGAUUUCACAGACUUUGCCGUUUUGUUUCAAGGCUUCUCUGCUGUGUCACAUUUGUAAGAUGUCGUUGGCACAAAUGAGAAAAAG